AUGUCAACACAAACAGCACGAGCUAUCCGCUUCACACACACUGCUCCGCAACAAGCGUUUCGAUUACUGGAAUUGACGCCGGAGAUUUUGGAGCUGAUAUCCUCUGAGAAUGCGCCGACGCUAUACCUCAAAUCCCCAGGAACGGAUAAUACAACGACGACAGGGCCAGAGGAUACCGGUGCUGAUAACAACAAUGCAUACGUGAAUCUGUGCACACCCACCAAAACCUUCAGAAUCCGACAAGUUCAAUCAUCGAACUCGAUCCACGUAAUCAAGCCCAGCGACGAAAAGAGUGAAGUAGUGCCUCUGAUAGCCAAAAAGCGGCGUCAGUCCAACGACAACAGUGAUAUAAACAAUGACGAAAUGGAUAUCCCAGAAUCAGUCACGGCAAUUGCAAAGUGUGCGUCGACACUGGAAAUUCACGCGUUGAACCACGCGGAAAGUCUCGCAGAGGCGAAGCGGACGCUUCGUCGGAUACUGCCGGUGUACGACACGAAUACUAUGAGGGGCAAACGCGUCGAUGAUGGGGAUGUCGAGAUGGCCGGGGUCCAUGAUUCCAAUGAUAAUAAAAGAGGAAUAACGAAAGAUGCCAUCUUUGACGAUCUCCCCUUCGCAAAAUCCCAGUGCCAAAUGGCAUGGUUCGAGCUCUGUGCGUUUGUACCCGAUGAUGGUGGUCUUGCAGCGUUUCGACCAUCGGCCAGGAUAAAGCUGGAAUUGUGGAGAAUGGUUCUUGAGGGUUGCAUAUUGCAGAAUAUCGAUCUGGAGAAACAAUUCCUCGUUGCGGAUUUGUGGAAAGCUGCGCUGGGGGAAGAUAAUGAUGAAAAUGGGAAGGAGGAAACAUUCUUUUCUAAAACUUUGUUCGACGCUGUUGUUAGGAGGCUUGCUGAAGGGAAUAAUGCUGAUUCAGAGUUGAAGUGGUCGAAUAUGGAUAAGAAAGUGUGCAUUCAAUGGAUAGGCGAGACCUAUCUCGAAGCAACUGCGCCAAAUGAACGACUUGCUAUCGGCCGGUCAGAGUUCCUCAAUGCCUGGAAGGAUUUAUUGCCCGAGACAUGGCGUGAUGAGGCAUCUUUGAACAGUUUACCAGAGUAUUCAUACAAAUACCCCGACCCAGUAUCAAUUUGUUUCAUUCAUGAGGCAGAGAGAGAAAGGGUAAAAAGAGAGACUAAAAAUGCUUCCGGGAACGUUGCCAACGCGAAGAAUUCAAGGAAUUGGCAUGAGCGAUUCAAAAAUCAAAGAAAGUGA